UCCAUGUCACCCAUUAUGGCGCGUGACCCAAUUUAAAAAGAGUGUGAGAUAUCGUGCACAUGGUGGAUGUCAUAAGCCGGGCUGGCGACACACCAUAUCUAACGGUUAUGUAGCAUUCCGCAAAACUAGGACACCCUCAUAACUGAUUCUCAGAAACGGAACUCUAGGCCCUAAACAAGGAUUCUAUUAGAAAGAGGCUCAUUAUCCUGCCGGCGUUGUACAACGUGGAGCAUACGCGCGGUGAGCAUAUGGUGUACCUCGCCUCAGCUCAUGGUAAGAUCACCCCAUAGUGUGUCUACGGUGAUCUGAACCAUGGCUGAACAGAGUGCACAGGAUGAGAGUAUGGCAAAGAACAUGGAACUUUCCUUGCGUGAGUUGUCAGUUAAAGAUCCACCACUAGAUUCGACAAACACUAAAGACAAUGCCAUCGAUGAUAUUGAGGACCCACAGAACCGCAGCUCAACUCACUUGGAAGAACCAGGAAAUUCCCAAAGUAAACACACGGCAGCACCAUCAGCAAAGUUUACCCAGCAUGGUGAAGACUAUGCCGGAGAGUCAUCCAGGACAGAAACCACAUCUGUUCUGUCGACAGGCAACGAAGACGUUCAUGUCAGAGAUGCAGGGAAAGUACUGGGAACACUAUCUGCAAAGGAUGCAUUCCAUAAGUACAUAUACAAGUACUUUCCCAAUCUGGAUACAACUGUCUACAUGACUCCACCAAUACCCGUUGGACAUCCUCCUGUCAUGAGAGAGAAAACUGAGUUUGGAUACAUUUAUAGUCCUGAGUAUUAUUACCUUCUGGGCGAUGAAUCAGAGAAGAGGGUUGCAAAGUGUUUGGAAUAUUUGUUCAAACAUCUAACCGAUGAAAAGUACCUGCUGUUUUCAUCAUCACAUCUUACCAUUUUGACAACUUUGUACGAUAACAAGUGUGAGGAAAAAGGUGAACACGAUGUACUUAUUAUCCACUACAAAUACGGUUUGAUAUUCAUUGAGACAAAGGGAUGUAUGGGUAAAUCUGAUGACGCAGUGGCAAGUGUUAUCCAAACUUGUCUUUCUCAGCAGGAGAAAAAUAGACGCUUUUUUGGAACAAACUUUCCGGGAGUCAAAGGUGUAUCUACAGCAUGCAUCCUUGCAUUUCCAAAUAUAUUUAGAAAGCCUUUCUUGAGUUUCAGUAAAUCAGUUAAGCGUAUUGAGAAAUCAGGAUUUUCCACACACGAUUGUCUGUUUCUAGAUGACACUCAUAUCGAGAAAGAAAAUUCGGUAACAAACUUGUUGGAAUGGUGGAAGAGAAUAGCAGCGAAACAAAAACAUGGAUUUACAUCCCUGGAAGAGUACAGAAGGGUCAUUGAAAGAUACAUUGGAGAACAUUCAACUGUCAAGAUACCAGUACCUUCAGCUGGACAUGAGAAGGAAGGACCUGGAAAAAGUUAUGGACAAUGUGUAGCAGGGCUGGGAAACAGAUACUCGAACAUUGUUUUAACCCCAACCCAAGUUGCUGUACAUAACAGUUUUAUUGAACGGCUAAUUCUCAGGGGGAGAUUACGGAUCGGGGAAAACAAUAUUGCUCAUCUUACAAGCAAUAAAAUUGUUGAAAGAAGGGAAAAAGGUAUGUGUCCUAAACAUGGCUGAAUCCCCCUCUACAUCAUGUUCUUUAUGCUUCAAUUCUGCAUGGAUUUAAGGACGAUACAAAUAUCCGAAAACGUCUCUUCACAGUGCCUGUUACUGACCAACAAUCUCUUAGACGUGUUCUUGAAACAUGUGCAACAAGGAAGUUAAAUGUUCUCAUUGAUGAAUGUCCUUGUCAUUGUGUUGAUCUAGACAUUCAGACCACGCUAUCGGUAUUCCCUGCUGAGUGCAUUCUGUGGAUUGUAAUAGCCAAAGAACAUGAUGUUGAUCAAGGCAGACAGUUGUGCCAUCUUAUUUCAGAUGACAACAUAUGUCAGCCUCAAAAUGGCAGGUUUCAACAAAUUCUUCUGGAAGAAAUACUUAGAUGCCCACCUUCUAUACUUCCAUUUUGGCCAAACUUUAGGGGAACCUCAAGAACCAUUCUGUGGUUCUAUUCCAAUAUCGGAGGUAGACAGUCAUCUUGCUUCUGUGGGCUUGAAGCCUCUUCCCAACACAAAAUCCGUUGUACGAACUAUGACUGAACUCAGCAUUGAUAAACGUCCGUUCUUUCAACAACUGAAAAAGCUGGACAUUCCAUUGUGCACAAUUUCUGGUGAAUCAGAUGAGGCAGUCUAUACUUUUGGAUCAAAGAGAUUUGUCGUCUCUGCAAGGAGUAGCAAAGUUUGUAUAUGGAGGUAAUACAACCAUACGUGUUUAUGUAAGGGAUCACGAUACACUUCCUGAAACCCAACCCCAAACCACAUAUAACCAGAAGAAAUUUGCUAGAUUUCUUUACAAACUUGGUUUUGGAAAUGACAAGAUAGCUACAAUAGCAAGUCAAGGUAACAAUAGCAAGCAGAACAAGCUUCGUCCAUGGAACGGUCUUGUGUUUAAUGAAAUAACAUUUGCACAUUUCUUCCUAUCUAGAGCAGCCCUACCUUUAACAUCGUCGCCGGUCCAUGAUGGACCGGUUCUGAAUAUUGAAAUUAUUUCAGACAACUUAGUAUGUUUGGCAGCGACAUCAGGAGGGUUUGAAGGAUAUCAAAAAAAAGCUGAAAUCCACAUCUCUGAUAGGGAAACGGCUGAUUAUUCCUUCAAGGAAGUACGACCCCUCGACGGACCAGAGUGUUUCAUUAUACAUCACAAACACUUGGACUCUGUGUGUUUGCUUCGAGAUUGCCGGAUAUGCAAAGGUGAGUUUCAAUACAUUCUCAACAGACUUGGAAUAAUAGAAAAGGCGACACAGGAGCGCGAGGAUGUGUCUGUCCACGAGAUUGAACUCAGCAAAACCCGAAAUAUGCUGGCUCUCCCUGAGACGCCAAGAAGUGAUUUAGACUGGUCCGAUGUCAUCUUGUUGGACGACAGGGAAACACCAACUUGCGAGAUAGAAUUUCUUGGAUCUUGCCAAGUCCCUAUUGUUGAUAGGAUGACUAUGCAACUAGACAAGCAGGAUGCCUUUGGGCAUACAAAAUCAGUGUUGUACAUUCGCCCGCGUCAGUUUCAAGGGUUGGAGAGGAAAGUUGUCAUUGUCAU